GAGGCUUCUUGGGAGGUACUCCCUUCCCCUGCCUUUGUUACGAACUACGCUUUGUCUGGUUGCACAAUGAAUCCUUUCAAACAGAACGAAUCCUGCUUUUCAGAUCAUGACCAUCGAGUCUCUACAUCCGCCAUAUUGUUUGUGCAGGUCUCAUGAUAAUGUGUAAAUCGAGAGAUUCUGUUGAGAUCUUCCAAUUUUCUUGAAUCAACCUCCCCUCAUCGUCAUGUCGAGAGCCGAUAGGAACGUGAGGCAGUAGACGACGGUCUCCGGGCAGGAAUAAAGGCGCUCUUCUACACCGAUGAAAACGUAACCAUCAUGUAUUCCAGACUAGCCCGUGCCUUCAUCACGUCUUUCAAGAAGGCGUCUCUGUAUCCUUUCUUGCUGGGUACGAUGAUGCUGCAGAUUUUCGUCUGCGCAGUUCUCUUUCCUGCCCUGUUUCUGUCCGAUGGUCCUCUCUGUGGAGAAAGACGAGGAGACGGCAGGUUGAAAACAGUAGGAGACAGGACAGUCUUCGACGAAGAUAUUGGGACUUCUGAGAAGCUCAAUUUCGCGUUCCGUCAUCCACCCGUUUCCCGAGCCGAGACCAGCUCACAUUUUAAAGCAAUGACCCACAAGGACCAUCUAUCUCGUACCGUUCGACCUUUCACUAUCCUCACAACAACCAAUCGUGGAUUUCUGGAUUUUACCGCCAACUGGAUUUUAAGCAUUCGAAGAUUAAAAUUACAAUAUAAUAUCACGAUCAUCGCAGAGGACGCAGAGGCUUACCGGUAUCUUACACGAAACCGCACAUUCGAUUACCAAAACCUCAGAAUCGAACUAACUGAAUACGGUUUCUCUCAUCCCAAACCUCAGAGGUUCCGUUAUUCCGGGUAUCGACGCCUCGUCAACAAACGACCCCAGUAUUUAAUCGACAAACUAGAAGAAGGUUUCGAUACCCUAAUGGUUGAUGUCGAUUCUUUUUGGUUUCGAGAUCCCCUCGAUUUCAUCUCGCCAAAUUACUCGAAAUACGACCUUUGGCUGGCACAGGGACACGACGGUAAAAAUGGCCAUAGGUUGCCCUGCCCCUGUCUGAUGUACUUCAAAUCGAAUGUCAUCUCUUUUGGUGUAGUCCGACAUUGGAUGAAUCGACUCUUGAAGGCCAAAGGGAUGGAGAGUGACCAGCAAUCCCUCAACAAUGUACUCAAGACGAGACACGGACAACGGUUGAGAGUAGGCUGGCUGAACAAGGUGAACUUCCCGACCGGUGAUGACUACAAGACAAGACGAGAAAAUCAGGAAGAAAUGGAGAAUGUGUACAUCUUUCAUGCAAAUCACAUGGGGAACUUCACAGUGAAGAAGCAGAUUAUGAAAUCGUAUGGACUGUGGAUAGAUUCCGAUUGACUGAUCCAGGACACACCUAUGUUGUGAAUGGUGCAACUUUGUUUGAAUAACUUGCCCUUGCUCCAAUCCUGUCUCGAAAUCCGCCCUGAGUAGAAGCACCCCCUCAUCGGUUGAAAGGAGCCACAUUGGUCGGGAGUGUUCAUUUUGUUGGUAGCGAUGCGAUUGCAACGCUUGCGUUUCAUAGUCGUCGGUGAAUCAGCGAUGCAUAGUUACUAGCAAAGGAGUCUCCGUUGUCAGGAAAAUUGCGCCCUCUCUUGGUCCAGCUUGGAAUUCAUAUUGUCGGUCUCUUCCUGGCCUUUCUCGGGAUCUCUCUCCCUGAAAUUUUCUUUUGAUUAAGUCAAAAGUGUGUGGGCUGGCACGACCUCUGAGCGACUACAGCGCCUGCAACAAAUUAUGUUGGACUGGAUAAACGGACGGACUCGGACACGGUGCCACGUCCGGAUGUUUGGACCCCCGUGAGGCCAAUGUUCUAAAUUGCCCGUCCCGAAUCGCUGUUGUCAUAGACUUUCAUAAAAAGUAUCCCUGGCAAACUAGAGGUCGGUGGAUGACGUGUAACGAUCAGUCCCUUUCUAUUCAAGAAAACUUUCAACUGUUGUUAACUUCAAAUCAGCCAACUAUUUUUUGUGUGUGGUAAAGUUGUACAUUUCCGUUUUAUCGUUGGGAGUGGGAAUAUUGUUUGGAAAACAAAGGAAGGAGGUAAGUCCGAGAAGACUUCCUCCCAUGAUAAGACACAUGAACUGAAAUCAAACACCGUAUAAUCAGACAGAGAUGCUGCUUCGUAUAAUUUUAAUGAAGAUUUUCAACUUGAGGGGAAAUAAUGAUAACCAAAUUCAUAAUCCAAGAAAUAAGUCAAUUUUUCAAGAACGAAA